GCAAUACAAUCCAUAAUGUACCUUACCAUUUUUCAAUUCAGUUACAAAUUCCACACCAUCCAUGUCUCAUUUAUAUGAUAUAAACUAUCAUAAAUUAUUAUAUAUAUCAAAUUGUUAAUUUCCUUGGAAGAAUUUUAGUAUUAAUUUCUACAACUCUAUAUGGCCUCUUUAAUGCUUAGUGGUGCUGAAAAUAUUAAGCUUAUUAACAGCAUAGUUCCAUCUGGAUUAGGUUCUGUGAGUCUUAACUUUCACAAGAAGUGUUUCUUAAGAAAAAAUGCAGUUUCAUACGGUAACAAAUACAGGACUAUAAACUUGACACCGAGAUGCAGUGUCUCGUCGACAAGGCCUUCUUCUCAGCCAAGAUUCAUCCAACACAAGAAAGAAGCAUUUUGGUUCUACAGGUUUUUGUCUAUUGUAUAUGAUCAUAUAAUAAAUCCAGGUCAUUGGACUGAAGACAUGAGAGAAGAGGCACUUGAACCUGCUGAUUUGUAUGACCGGAAUAUGCGAGUUGUUGAUGUUGGAGGAGGAACUGGAUUCACUACUCUUGGUAUUGUGAAGCAUGUUGAUGCUAAAAAUGUUACAAUUCUUGAUCAGUCUCCUCAUCAGUUGGCUAAGGCUAAGAAGAAGGAAGCAUUGAAAGAAUGUAAGAUAAUUGAAGGUGAUGCAGAAGAUCUUCCUUUUCCGACUGAUUAUGCCGAUCGAUAUGUUUCUGCUGGAAGCAUUGAGUACUGGCCUGAUCCACAGCGUGGCAUUAAAGAAGCAUACAGAGUGCUAAAAAUAGGAGGCAAAGCAUGUCUUAUAGGUCCUGUACACCCAACUUUUUGGCUGUCUCAAUUCUUUGCAGACAUGUGGAUGCUCUUCCCUAAGGAGGAAGAGUAUAUUGAAUGGUUUAAAAACGCUGGUUUCAAAGAUGUCAAGCUCAAAAGGAUAGGUCCAAAAUGGUAUCGCGGCGUACGGAGGCACGGACUCAUCAUGGGAUGUUCUGUCACUGGUGUCAAGCCUUUAUCAGGUGACUCUCCCCUUCAGCUUGGUCCUAAGGUAGAGGAUUUAGAGAAGCCUGUAAAUCCAUUGGUGUUUCUCUCAAGGCUCAUUCUUGGUGCAAUUGCAGCCACUUACUAUACAAUACUACCAAUUUACAUGUGGAUCAAGGACCAAAUUGUUCCAAAGGGCAGGCCUAUUUAAUCUAAGAUGGGAGAAUCAAGUAAAGUUGGGGCAGGAAAUGGUGUUAGUUUUGAUGAUUGGUGUUCAAAAGCCUUUAACUUCCAAAUUAAUGGCCGAGAAUGUUGCCUUCCAUAAUGUUAAUUUGUUGAAAUGUUCUGGCAUAGUCAAUUGCAUUGCCCCUUCAACUUUACCAUAAUUCUAGAAUUGUUUUUGUGGAGGAGAUUAGGGGGGGAUGUUCCUCCAGCAGAUAAGCCAAGUUUAUGUUUAUGUGAUAGAUAUAGAGAACGUGCUGGCUGUUUUGUGAUUUCUUAUUUCUUGUCUGCAAGAUUCAGCUUAGUAUUGUAUGUGCUUCUGUAAUGUUUUGUUUGACGGUGGACAAGAAAGAAUAACAAUGAGUCUAUGUUCGACCA